AAAGAAGUAAUAAAUCGAGAGAAGAAGACACAAGAAGAUUGGAUGAAAAAAUACAAUUACCUAACUGGCGAAUAUUUUAAGCAGGUUCUUGUUGAAGAAUGCAAAAAAGCAGGACUGCCAUUUAAUACUUUUGAGGGGAAAAAAUUGUCCAAUUCCAUGAUGGAAAAAAUUCCAUUUUCAUUAAAAGCAUCGUCAGCAAUUCCAAAAACAAGUUCAGCACUCAUUGGUUGGAGAUCGUCAAUUCUUGAGAAUAAUUUAGAAUAUGUUGGUCCAUUUUAUGUAUCACCAUUAACGACAUUGGAACCACCGUUAGAAUCUGAUGGAUUUCAAAUUAAAAAGCAAAGAUUUAUUAUUCUUGGAUGA